AUGCUGCUCAUGGACAACGAGAAGAAGAAAGACCCUGGAAAAUCUGCCAAGAAAGACAAAGACCCAAUGAACAAAUCUAGGGACAAGGCCAAAAAGAAGAAGUGGUCCAAAGUGAAACGGCAGGACAAGCUCUAUAACCUGGUCUUGUCUGACAAAGCCGCAUAUGACAUGCUCUCUAAGGAAGUUCUCAACCACUUGCUUAUAACCUCAACUGUCAUCUCUGAGAGACUGAAGAUUCGUGAUUCCCUCGCCAGGACAGCCCUUCAGGAGCUGCUUAGUAAAGGAUUUAUCAACCUAGUUUCAAAACACAGAGCUCAAGUAAUUUACACCAGAAACAUUAAAGGUGGAGAUACCACAGCUGCUGGUGAAGAUGCAUGA